UAAUCCAGAGGUGGAGAUUGUGUUUUAAUUUGUCCUCUCCUUUUGACUUCUGAAACACGACGACAGAGAGAAGUGAGAUGAGACAGAGAGAGAUGAGAGAUUGCAAGGGAAGAAGACAGAGACCGGCCGGAGUUCGUCGCCUUUGUCACCGUCUGAGUUCGUCGCCGUCGACCUGUCUCUACUCCUCGUCACUUUGUUCUUCCGGAAUCUGUACUCCUCCCGAGAAUGCCCCUCUCUCCUCUGCAGCCGAAUCCGAAACCAACACUCGUCUCACUCUCAAUCUCCUCUCAUGUAUGCUCCUUAGGUCUGGUGCUUCCUCUUCAAAGAACAGAUGAAAUCCACAUCCCAAACCCAUCUUGGAUGCAAUCUCCUUCCUACGAAGAGGCUUAGAACGAGCCACAUAUAUGGUUUAGACCAAACAAAGUUUUAAUUUUUUUUAGAACAGUGAUUCAGUCAUUGGUGAUAUGCAAUCCCACAGAUCUUUAGUUGUGGGAGGGGACUAUUGCUAGAGCUUCAAAAUGUUGUUCAAGUGUAUUUCUUUGUGUUGGCUUUCUAGUUUGUGCAAGGCUUCCAAUAGGAUUGAUUCUCAGAUGUUUUCUUGUGCAGAUGAAAGUUGCUUUUGGAGGUGUGGAUUCUGUGGGUCAGCCACCACGUCAACCUGACCGUAGCAAUAAGCAGACAGGAACCUCAAAUGCUCUUGCAUUCCCAGGUUCUAAGAGUACCCAAAAGGGUGUGACAAAAUGCUCUUGUUGUUGGUCCAACUUUACAUCCAAAGGGCUUCUGUGUGCUAAGAGACAGAAGAUGUUGGAAGACAUGGAAAAAGACUUUGAAGGUGGACAAGAGGCAGAUAAGUUUGAUGGAGGAGGAGGUAGCAAAAGCAGUGGAUCCUUAGACAUUAGGUUUAGAGUGGAAAAGGUCCAAUCUCCUCUGUGUGAUUGGAAGAUGGCGACGUUGGAGUUCUCGUUAUGACGGCGUCUGUCGUGGUGUGGUGCGGUGCUAGAAGAUAGAAUUUUAGGUAUAGAAUUUUAGGUGUAGGCUUAAUAUUUUUGAAAAAAAAUUGGUUUAGUUUGGUUUAGUUUGAUAUACUGGUCAUAAAUAUAAUAUGUAACCAAUUUCGAUAUAUAAAAAAAUUAAAAAAAUUUAUUUGUA